AUGGAUGCAGCCAGCGAGUCCGCCGGGGAGAGGAAGCCGGAGUGCCAGUGUGGCCCCAGGUCUUUGGUCCAGCGGUGGCUGCCCGGGUUGCCCGUGGCUCUCUGCCUGCUCAUGUCCCUGAGCUCCAUCACCGUGUGUCUCCUCAUGAGCCUGAAGACCUUCCAGCUGGAGGACCGCCUGCAGAUGGAGAUGCACAAGGCGUCCGUCUUCAGCCCGCCGCACAGGGCUUUUCUAAACGAGGAUGGGACCCUGGUUCCGGAGCUGAGCGCCCCGAUAGGGAAGCUCGUGGAAGAGAAAGUGGUGGUGCUGAUGCCGAAAGUGCGAACAGCAAGGGAUGCUGGUCAAGAGUGCUCCUGUCCUCCAGGGCCUCCAGGAAAGCGUGGAAGAAUGGGAAGACGAGGGGAAGCUGGUAAGUGACGACCACCACCUGGCAAGGCUGGACGGGAUGGAUACCCGGGUCCACUUGGCAUGGAUGGCAAACCAGGUUUACCAGGUCCUAAAGGAAGCCAGGGACCAGCCGGCCCCAAGGGAGAAAAGGGUGACCAGGGAGACAUCGGGCCACGGAUGGCCUUUCCCCGCUAUGACCACGGCUUUCUCUCUGGAGAGCAGUCCGGCAGCUUUCAGAGACGUUUCCUGAAGGGUGACCAGGGCCAGGCAGGAGCUGCCGGUCCUCCUGGUCCCCCGGGUCCUCCAGGUCCCAGAGGCCCCCCAGGGAACACAGGCAAAGACGGCCCCCGUGGCCCUGCUGGAGAACCGGGUUUUCCAGGUCGUGAUGGCGCUGAGGGACCACAGGGGUUGUCUGGAAAGCCGGGAGAGGUCGGUGAGCCCGGCUAUCAAGGGGCACAGGGUCAUCCAGGGAUGAAGGGCGAGCCAGGUGUAUCCGCAAGGGGAGAGAGAGGUAUGGAUGGACUCCCAGGAUUAAGGGGUGAAAAAGGGGAGACAGGAGAGCAAGGACGUGAGGGAGCCAUGGGUUAUCCUGGAGAAAAAGGCAGCACAGGUUCUUCAGACAUCAUUGACUUCAAUGGGAAGCUUCUAGAUGCUUUCCAGGCCAUCGACACCAUCAGCAUUUCGGGCCCACCUGGACCACCUGGACCCCAAGGCCCUUCAGGGGAAAAGGGUGACCUCGGGUUACCUGGUCUCGCAGGAGUUGAUGGGGAGGAGGGACCUAAAGGUGACACAGGUGGAACAGGACCCGCUGGCGAGAGGGGGGAGAAGGGGGAGAUGGGGCUCUCUGGGCCUGCUGGUAUGGAUGCACAGAAAGGAGAGAAAGGCGACUGCAGAAUGGACGACAACCUGAUUCAGAUGAUAUCCCAACCAGGCCCACCUGGUCCACCUGGCCCCCCCGGGUCCUCUGGAUCCAUGGGGCUGCACGGGAUGCCUGGUCCUAAGGGUGAGCCCGGAGCUGGUAUGAGGGGAGAGAAGGGGGACAUUGGUUCACCUGGACCCAGGGGACCAGAUGGCCUCCAGGGACUCUCUGGAUCUGCAGGGUUAGUGGGUCUUCCAGGUGCAAAGGGAGAAAAGGGCAGAACAGGGGAGCCUGGACUAGAUGGUUUCCCAGGUAUGAUGGGAAACAAAGGUGACCGAGGAGAAAGAGGAGAGAAGGGCGACAGGGGGACAGUAGGGAAGAGAGGUCUCAAGGGCCAGAAGGGAGAGCAGGGUCCUCCGGGCUUGGACCAGCCUUGUCCUGUGGGCUGUGAUGAGAGUAAAGCUGUGUCUGUGGAGACAGAGCUUUCUUCCCCUCCAGCUCCUCCUCUUCCUCCUUCCGGCCCUCAGGCCCCCUGUCCUGUGGGACAAGAUGGGAUGCCAAUACCAGGCUGCUGGCACAAGGAGGACAUGUCGAGGCAGAAGCUCAAACGCAAGCGUCUCUCUCAGCCCUAG